UUUGUGAUUCAGUCUGUACACGAAGGCUUAGGUGUCUCAUUGUGGUAGUUCCUUCUUCCAGGGUUUUCCUGUGUGUUCUUCCACGAGUCGCCUCUCAACGCAUCCGCCACUUGUACACACACACACUCUCUCUCUCUCUCUCCGUCCAAAAUAUCUCCUCCACCACCAACCUCACCCUAUAAAUUUCGUCGUUAUAUGUACACCGGAAAUUCUGCAAAAAUAUCCAACAUAAAAUGUCUAGAGAUCCUCGAGGAACAGCAGAAAGAACCAACAGUAACGUAAGAGCAUUCGAAGAUUUCCUCCAAGGUUGGUUGGUUCGUCAAGAGCAUUACCUGGAAGAGCUCCGAUCAACUCUAGCGACUUGUCACGAAUCUAAAGAAGAAGAUCUUCGAGAUUUAAUCACACGUGUCCUCGCUCAUUACCAGGAAUACUUCGAGGAAAAAUCCCGAAUCGCGAAUUACGACGUUUUCCUCGUUUUCUCUUCGCCCUGGUGUUCCUCCUUCGAGCGGAGUUUUUUCUGGAUCGCCGGCGUUAAACCGAACCUAGCGUUUCGGUUGGUAAGCAAUUCGGUGGAGGAUUUGAGUGGGGAUCAGGUUGAGAGGAUGAAGAGGUUGAAGGCGGAGACCAUGGUGGAGGAGAGGGAGUUAGGGGAUGAAUUGGCGAGGAUUCAAGAGAGUGUUGCGGCGCCACCCAUACUUGAAUUGGCGCGGAGGAUGGCGAGGGCGGAGGAAUGUGAUCAGGUGGAAUCAGCUAUGGAGACGUUGAAGAUGGAGAUGGGGGUGGUGGUGGCGAACGCGGAUAUGUUGAGAACAAGGACGGCGGUGAGGGUGGCGGAUAUAUUGACACCGGUGCAGAACUUGAAGUUCUUGACGGCGUUGACGGAGUUCCAGAUGAAAGUUAGGGUACUGGGGUCCCUCUUGAAUCGGUGACGGUUUGAAGAAGAAGAUAAAUGAAAAAAAAAAAAAAUUGGAUCAAACGUCGCUUCCAAAAUCUAAUUGCCAAAUAUGUACAAGUGUUUUUUAUUACUAAAAUUUUGGCUUUUUUUGUUUUUUUUUUGUCGGUAACGGGUACCGAUCUGAUUAUGGGUUGCUUUGUUACAUAUAUAUUACUAUAAAUUUAGAAAAUGAAAUGGUC